GAGCAUGUCAGUAUAUGCGAGUCGUUGGUUCCAAGAACUUAUCGUAGUCUGGUUUUACUACUAGGAUGAACGUAGUGCUGGGCCCGGACUGGCGCUACUGUCCGGUCAUGACGGGUAUGACGUAUGUGCGCACACAACUGGUUACCGGUCAACCUAAAAUAGAAGCCCGCUGACCUAGCCCUUCGCCUCAAAAACUGGGGGCUCCAAAGUUUUCGCAAGCCUAGUCGCUUCUUUGUCCCUUCACGCUUGCACACUAGUGAACUGACAAUACAGGAUGGCGUUUUACUUUCACGGACUGCCCAUAGGAUGGGUGGCCAUCAUGCUGGCACUCGUAGCGUCAAUGGGUGGUUUCAUCUUCGGCUAUGACACUGGUCAGAUAUCCGAUAUCUUAUUGAUGAACGAUUUCCUCCUUCGCUUUGCGACCUGCUCAACACCUGGCGAUGUAUCGACUUGUUCAUUUUCUACUGUGCGGGAAGGUCUCAUCGUUUCUCUUCUCUCCAUUGGAACCCUCGCUGGUGCGCUUUUCGGUGCUCCCACCGCUGACUUCCUUGGACGCCGUUAUGCCAUGUCCGUGGAGUGUGUAGUGUUUAUCGUCGGUGUCAUCAUUCAGAUAGCUUCGAAUCAUGUUUGGCAGCAAUUUGCUGUCGGUCGAUUUGUUAGCGGCUUGGGUGUUGGGGCGCUUAGUGCUGCCGUUCCGAUGUAUCAAGCCGAGACUGCUCCGCCUCAGAUCCGUGGCACUUUAACCGCAACAUACCAACUGUUCAUUACGCUCGGUAUCUUAGUGGCUUACUGUAUCUCCAUUGGAACCCGGAACGUCUCUGGCUCCGGUUCAUGGCGCAUCGUUGUUGGUGUCGGCAUAUUGUGGGCACUGAUUCUCGGCAUUGGCAUCCUCUUCAUGCCAGAGAGUCCUAGAUGGCUUGCCGCACACGGCAGAAUGGAGGAGGCUCAGAUAUCUCUCGCGCGCUCUCGUGGUAUUCCCAAGGAAGAGGCAAAGAGCCACCCCAUCAUCCUUCGCGAAGUCGAGGAAAUCAGGUCUUCAGUCGAAUACGAAAAGCAGGUUCGCGGCGGGUGGAUUGAUUGCUUUAGGCCACAAAACAAGACUCUCUACCGUACUCUUCUUGGAAUGAGUCUACAGAGCCUUCAACAGCUCACCGGCGCCAAUUACUUCUUCUACUACGGCGCAACUGUGUUCAAAGCAGUAGGUCUCAGCGACUCAUUUGUGACUCAGAUCAUUCUCGGUACUGUCAACUUUGUCUGUACAUUCGGCGGAAUGUAUGUCCUCGAACGGUUUGGUCGUCGCAGACCUCUGAUCAUUGGAGGGAUCUGGCAAUCAGCAUGGCUUUUCGUCUUCGCCUCUGCCGGAACUGCUGUGGAUCCUACGACUCAUCCUGGCGUUGGAAAAUUGAUGAUCGUGUCAGCCUGCAUGUUUAUCUGGGGUUAUGCGAUGACUUGGGCUCCUGGUGUCUGGAUUCUCAUUGGGGAAACUUUUCCCACGCGGACCCGGGCCAAACAAGGCAGUCUGUCGACCGCCGCAAACUGGGUCUGGAAUUUCCUGUUGGCGUUCUUCACGCCAUUCAUCAGUAGUGCCAUAGGCUACCGCUACGGUUUUGUCUUUGCAGCUUGUAACUUGGCUGGAGCCGUAGUUGUCUAUUUCUUCCUUUACGAAUCAUCUAAUCUUUCACUAGAAAGUGUCAACAUGAUGUACACCGACCCCAACUGCAAACCUUGGACUUCCCGUGAAUGGGCUCCGCCCGGGUUUACCUCGCGUCAGGAUCUCAUAGACCAAACCAGAGCCGAGGAGGCGGGUAAACCCCCUGCGUCCGGCGCAACCGAGGAGGGCAGGAUCGAGAAAACUUCUGAUUCAUCCAAUGGAGGAUCAUAGAGUCGAGUGCUGCCGUAAUUAAUUUCGAGCAGAUGCACAGUUACCCUUUCAAAUAACCUGUAUUUGUGCUAAUGAUAUCAUUUUCUGUGACGCUCUUA